GUUGGGAUUUUCUUUAGGAUGGAUAUUUUAGUGCAACUACCAUGACUACCACAAAGAUUUGAAGUAUUCAGACCAACAAAGGGUUGAAGACUUGAAAUAUUAAAAAAGGAGAUCCUCUUAUAUAUAUGUUCUUACUUUCACUUGGUUUCUAGAGAGGGUUACCCUCAAACCAUGGUUUCUCUAAAAGCGAUGCUUAGAUCAUUGAUAACAUUUUUCUCAGCUGCUUUUUUGAUUCUAGGAAAUGAAUUCACACCUCCUGCACUCCGCUCUCUCUUCUGCAUCGUUGUACAUUAUUUCUUUACGCCUCAAUUCACUCUCAUCAUUGAAGAGAAUGCUGGUCCGAUGAACAAUCAAAUCUAUGAAGCUGCCACAGCCUACCUACGUACCAAGAUUAGUUAUUCAUCAAAAUCAAAACGUAUCAAAGUAAGCAAAACCAAUAGGCAAGAGAAACUAACCAUUGAUAUUGUAGUGGGUGAAGAGGUUAUUGAUCACUUUGAAAACAUUGAGCUCAAGUGGAUGUUAAAUGAAGAAAAAGUAGAGAAGAAAAAGGCUAAAGUGGAAGUUAAACCUCGUGUUUAUUUGACGCUUGCCUUUGAUAAGAGAUACGAAAAGGAUGUGCUAGAGACUUAUUUACCUUAUGUAAUAACUCGUUUUGAGGAAAUACAAAAAGAAGAAAAAGAAAAGAUGCGUAAGAUAAAGCUUUAUAGCCGUGAUUAUAACCGUUUUGGACCUGGUGUUGAAUGGGCUUCUAUUAAUCUAGAACAUCCAGCUACAUUUGAGAAGUUGGCAAUGGACCCAGAGCGGAAGAGGAGCCUCAUAGAUGAUCUUGACAGGUUUGUUAAAAGAAAGGAGUUGUAUAAGAAAGUUGGCAAGAUAUGGAAGCGAGGGUAUUUGCUUUAUGGCCCUCCGGGUACCGGUAAAUCAAGCUUGAUUGCUGCCAUAGCUAAUUACCUUAAGUUUAAUAUCUAUGAUUUGAAUCUUUCCGGCGGAAGGUACACAGAUGCAGACUUGAAAAAGGCAUUGCUUUCAACGUCUAAUCGUUCAAUACUGGUAAUUGAGGAUGUAGAUUGCGGGGCAGAGUCGGAAGAUCGAGAGAAAGAAAAUAACUCAGAUAUUACUAAGUUCACACUAUCGGGUUUAUUGAACAUCAUCGAUGGAUUAUUGUCAAGCUGUGGAGAUGAGCGAAUUAUUGUAUUCACGACCAAUCAUAAGGAGAAGCUUGAUCCAGCUUUGUUGCGCCCAGGCCGCAUGGACGUGCACGUGCACAUGUCGUAUUGCACCAUGGAUGGGUUCAAGGUGUUGGCUUCUAAUUAUCUUAAUAUCGAAGGUGACCACCAACUCUAUAGAGAGAUUGAAGGAUUGUUGAAGAAUGUAGAGGUUACCCCAGCUGAAAUUGCAGAGGAACUUUUGAAGAAAGAUGAUCCUGAUGUUUCUCUUAGUCUUAGAGGAAUUGUCAAGUUUCUCAAGGAAAAAUGAUUUGAGAAUGCUAUAAGCAUGUGAUGGGUUUGUGGAUAUCAUGUAUAGGUGGGUAUGGCUAUGUAUGAAUUACUAUGCUUCUCUUUAUACAUAUGUUGUUAAUCGCUCUCUGUUAGCUACUAUUGUAAGUUUGUAACCCGUGACUCUAUGUAGUCUCUUUUCAUUUGCUAAUAAAUUG